CAGUUGGCUUCCUGGUCUGAAGCCAAAACUACGUAUAAUGAGGAAGCCAGUUCAGCUCUUUGUAUCCUAGCUCCUCUUUCCUCCUCUCUCUGUGACAACACACAAGGACCAUCUUCCUAGAUCUCUCUACUGGUUCUCUUUUUAAUCUGUACGUAGCCCUCCAUUUGUUACUUACUCUGAUCACCAAUUUUGUUGUUUUCCUAGUUUCAGUCUUUCGAUUUCAUCCAGAGUUCCUCGAAAGUACUGCACAGUAUCUCAUAUACUGUCAUUUAAAUCUAUUCAUACUCUCGCUUUAAGUCGAAUGAAUGGGAGCCUUUGCCAUUAGCGUUUAUGGCAUCGCAGGGCUUUCAUUGAUCCCACAUGGAAUGGGGCUCUCGCUGUCUCUGAUCUUAGAAGAUAGACGACAUAUAUGAAAUCUCGAGUAGCGAAGGGAACUGUGCCUCCUCUAUAUAGACCCUCAGAUCACCUUGCUAAUUAGCUUCUCUGCCUUGCUGCGGUGCUGUCCAAACAUUAAUGGAGGAUGUGGUGAUGAUGACGACGAACAAGAGGCAGAGCAUUCCGGCCUUCGGCAACUGGGACUACUGCAGCGAUCUCCCCAUCACUCAGUACUUCGAGUCGGCUGUGCAGGCCGGGCUGGUCCGAGGGUGCCAAUUCCAUGGCGAGGCAGCAGCUGGUGAUGAUCUCUUCAAGUUGCCACCUCUGCGAGCUUCUUGUGGAGGGAGGGUGAAGAAGGGGGAUGAGAAGCAACAUCAGAGAGGGCAGGAAAGGAAGCAGGGGAAGGUGUUUGAUGAUGCUGCUGUGGGAGGAGGAGCAAGGCUGAGGAGAGAUCCCAAGGCGGUGGACGAGGACCUGUACAAGAUCCCUCCUGAGCUCCUCUACAAGAAGCCCAAAAGGAAGAGGGUGCUGAGGAGCUUGUGGUCGGGAUGCAUGGGAUUGCACUGCAUUGCAUGAGAAGGAUGUUACGUUGGAGUACAGCAUCAGUCUGGUGGUAGAAUUAAGUUAGAGGAUAUCAAAGAGUUGAAUACUUAGUGAGGAUCCAAGAAAGUGUUUCUUCUUGUAUGGUUUAUAGCAAUCUAAGUCCAUUUCAUGCUGACCGUUUCAGUUA